GCCUGCAGUCCUCAGCUACACCACAGAAAGGUUUCCCAUGAUGCUGAAAUUAUGUGAGUUUAUUUAGCGCUCGCCGAUUUCUUCGUCGUGUUCUGGAAUAUUUAGUUAUUAUACUUAUGAAAUGACGUCGGAAUUAAGGUGUAUGUUCAGAAGACAAAUAAUAGUGAAAAUAUAUAUUCAUCAUAUUUCACCCCCAUGAAUGUUCAUUUUCUUGAAGCAUUUGCGCUAUGGACUAUCAAGCCAGUCGGUUCCUAAUUCUGCAGUCCAACAUGAUUUUCUCUCAAAAAAUCGUUAGUUUACUGAAAGGUAAUAAGUAGAAAAACAGAAUCUCUUUUGUAAUCGGGAAUGUUCAAUAUUUUGUGAAAUUUCUCUUCCUGGUAGGCAUAAUGCCUAAUGGUCUAUGGAUUACGUACUCUAGUUCGGACCCGCUUCACUUCAAAAAUGUUGUCUUUUAUCCUAUGACGUGGUAUCAUCUAUGUUUGGUGGUUCACAAAGCAGGGACCAUGGACGUUUACCUCCAAGACGACUUGCUGGAUCAACGGUACUGUACAUCUUUUGGGUUUCACUUUGAAUUAAUUUUUUAUUUUUAUUGUAUGUCUCGUUUACUUGUAAAUUAGUUGUUGCUAUGUUUUUACAUUAGAGCAACUGCAGACCAUUUUCAGGAUGUGAAAAUCUGAAUUCCAUUUAAUUCCUCUGCAUUGGUGCAAUUUUGAUAUAUAACAGGGCAUGACGAUUUCGGAAAAUACAUAAAUUUAUAGGGUGAACGUCACGUUUUAACUUAUUGUUUGGAAAUUAGUGAAAGUCUUUUGUUACGUGCUGGUGCAUUGAAAUGUCAAUUUUUAUUUAUUUUAUUUUGUUUUAUUUAUUUAUUUUUUACAGGGUAAUGAACUCAGAAUCCAAAUUCUGGCUAGAUGGUAUUCUGGUUUUGGGGCAAGAUCAAGAUUCAGUUGGAGGCAACUUCCCCAUCGGGCAGAUGUUCAGGGGCCGAAUAUCACAGGUUUCCCUCUGGUCUCGCCCACUCGCCAGGGAGGAAUUGCUGGAGUGGACAAAAUGCGGCAGUACAGUUCCUCCUGGGAACAUCUUGUCGUGGUCCUCAUCCCCUUGGGUAAUAUACGGUGAUGUAAGAGAAGUUGCAGAAAUCUACUGCGAUGACCCUGACAGCCCUGUGUUUCUAUUCCAGUCUCCCAUGGUUUUUGAAGAUGUCUUGAAACAGCUAGAGGUAUAUGGGAUGUCACUGGCAGCUCCUCAAACUCCGCAGUCGUUAUCAGACUUAGCUGCAGUGCUGGCUAAAGCUGGUUCUCAAUGUGCCAAGGCUAUUGUAUCGUUCAGAUUUGCCUGGAUAGCUGAUAGUCUCAAUUCUACUAAUAUUACAAGGAGAGACUACCCAAGCAAUGGCUUCGCCAGCAGUAUGUGUGCCAACCAAUCCUUUGGCAUCUACCCUGAGAUGCCAGUGUUACUGACUACUCUGGGGGGAGUUUUCAAACCACUCGCGUGUGAUUCUUCGUGCUUUUUUGGUGAGUAUCCUGACUUGAGAUCAACAUUUUACCUUCGUGGCUUGUGCAAGAAUGGAAUGUCCCCAAAACACCGUUUGGCCCCUGAAUUCGUCUUCUCGGGAAAUCCAGAUGGCGAUUCUUUCCUAGUAGGGUUAACUGGCAUGAGUAUACAGAUGGUAGAGGAGUCAAAAUGGAUCCUGUUUGACAGCGAUGAGAACAGUACGAUCGCCAGUACGUACAGUACCCUCGCGCCAGUGGGACGAAUGGAGUGGGAAACCAAGAAGGAUAACAUAUUUCUCUGUGAUGACUCGGGUAUGCUGGUCCUGAGUAAAUGUGCUAAAGAAGACGAUUUCACAUGCGAUAAUGGGUCUUGCAUCAGCAUAGCAUCCCGCUGCAACAUGAUACCAGAAUGCAGUGACUGGAGUGACGAGAAAAACUGUACCCGCAUCCAGCUGCCUCCUGCUUACAUGAGCGAAAUACCGCCAAAACUCCCCAUGACUUUCAGAGUUGUUGUGGACAUUGAUCACGUGGAAGUGAACCUUCUUAAAAUGACCAUCUCUUUGGAGAUGAGCAUCGAAUUUAUCUGGUACGAGGAGCGCAUAGCCUUCAAAAACCUUCAGGCUGACCCAGCGGCUAACCAGAUCUUGAGACAUCCAGGUAAAGAGUGGCCUAUAUGGGUACCGGAGAUCUCUCUCUCCCCAGUUACCAGCUAUGGGAACAUUGACCAUCAACCCUCACUGGUGAUUCGGAAGACAAACAAAGGAAAGAGGAACGGAGAUGAUAUCAUACAUAAAGGGAGUGAAUCUCCAAUCAUCUAUAAAAUAACACAACAUCCGACCAUUCGUUGUCCUUUCUGCCUCAAGCGUUAUCCUCACGACGAACAAUUUUGUCGCUUCAAAAUCAUGAUCGUUAAUGUCCCCAUGAGCAGCCUCGACGUUAGUAACGUAAGAAUGAAUUUCUUUGGGAAUAGCCAACUGCAAGAGUACCUGGUGAAAAACUGGAGCAUAGGCAGUUCGGAUCACACGGUAGAAAUUAGUUUCCACCUUCAUCGACGAAUAGACCACGAACUUCUUGCCACAUAUUUCCCGACAAAUCUUCUCAUUCUGAUUGCUUACGGAACUUUGUUCAUCGGCUCAGACAAUUUCAGCGAUAGGGGAGCCAUGAGUCUCACCACAAUGCUGGUACUUAUAUCCCUCUACACAGAGUCCUUGUCCAGCCUCCCCACAACGUCCUAUAACAAGGAAAUCGACAAGUGGUAUUUAUUCGCCAUCAACUACGUAUCCCUCAUCAUUGCUGUGCACUUGGUCACCAGCAAAGUAGCAGUAGAACCGAAGACAAUCACCGUAAAACCGCUUCCCAAUAGUUCCUGGUCUACCUAUAAGGAAAAGACCAGUGGCAUGGCUAAGUACCUCAGACCGGAAAAGAUUCUCAAAGGGGCCAGGAUUCUGUUUGGACUUGCAAUUCCGACAUUUCUUACUUAUUACUAUUUUAAACAAGUGAGUGAGCAUCAUGACCCUUGCAGUUCUGAUUAAAAAUUACCAGGCGGUAUUAUUCAGUCGUGGGCGUUGUACACAAAACAUUUAGGGUGUAAGUAGUGAAACAAAACUUGUUAGAAAAAUAUUUAAAGUACGAAUGUUGUCAAAGUUAUCAUAUCCUCCAAUAUCUCAUUUAAACAACCGAUACAAGCAAGCAAAACUACUCCGUGGUCUCAAACACCCGCAACUAAUCCGGUUUAAAAAAGUUCGUAACUUUCACUGACAGUUUUUCACCAAUGAUGUGACGCACGACUUGCACACUCGUAACGUACCAGACAAACUGCCCAGAUACCAUCGACAAUGGAAGCCUCUGGAAAGUCUUGGCGCCAACGUUUAGUACAGCUAUAGUUCAGCCAAUUCCUUUUCUGUCUGUUCACUGUAUCAGGAACAAAACAUGCCCACCAAAGCGAUUGUAACACUGAGUACGGUCCAGGAAUUGAUUGUAACAUCGGGUAGGGUCCAGGAAUUGAUGGAACGAGCAACGAAGUGUCCUCCUGUAACUCGGGCCUAAAGAAAACUAUGUGUGUGUGUGUGUGUGUGUGUGCGUAUAUAUGGACAGCAAUCGCCUGUUCUAUCAAGAAAUACCGAAUCCAUUAUUAUAUUUUUUCUCAAUUUUUUUUUUUUUUAUUUCUGUAAGGGAUUUUUUUUUAUUUUUCCCAUUUUUUUAUUUCUCAUGUUAUCUAUAUUGCCAAUAUUAUCAUUUCAUUUUAUCAUUUUUUGUCAUGGGGCAAGGGCGCGGGGGGAGUGAAGGGCGCUGGGUCGGGAUGCCACCCCCUCCCUGGAUCCGUUAGUGAUGAAACCUGAAAAGAAUUGACGAUGUGUCUACAUGACUUCUGAUGGAAGAUUCGUCUCAGACUAAUAAAGCGUUACACCAGCGUUCGCAAACAGCCAGCCUAUGAAUUUUAGACCAUGUGAUCGAUUUGAAUAACCCCAAAGUUGACAGCGUAGCUAAACUAUACUAAGCGGAAGAUGCUAUUAUGAAGAAACGAGUUUACUAAGGAGAGAAAG